UCCUAAACUCUAAACCUUCCCUCUGAAACAGUUAUCAGCUCAAAGAAUGGAGGGAGAAGCUGCCGCCGCCGUCCUUCAAGUUCUUGUUCAAAACCUCAUCGACCACUCCAAGAAAGAGUUGUUACUUGUCCGAGGCCUCAAAAAAGAAGCAGCAAAACUGACUGAGCGUUUGGGCACCCUCCAGGGAUUCUUGAACGACGCAGAGAUGCGUACCAUUCCCGGUGAAUCUGUCAAAAGGUGGCUCAAGAGGCUUGAAAACGUGGCCUUCGAUGCUGACAACGUUUUAGACGAGUUCAACUAUCAUCUCCUCUGCAAACAAAUCAAGCCCAUCAUGCCCAACGAACCCAUCAAACCCAUGAAACAAAAGGUACUCUCAUGUUUCUCACCAUGCGUUAAAUAUUCACGCUCCCGAAAUUUGGCUCUUAGAAUCCAAGAAAUCAAUGAUAAUUUGGAGGUCAUUAACAAAGAGGCUGCUGAUCUUGGCCUCAAAGAGAUGCUUGCCGCCAAUGUGGCCACUUUGCCUGUUGUGUCUCGUGAAACUGACUGUUUCACUCUUGAUCCAAUUUUUAUUGGAAGAGAUGAGGAGGUGUCGAAAGUAGUUGAGAUUCUUACCACUAGUGUCACAAUUGAUGAACGUGUUUCUAUUCACGCUAUUGUGGGAAUGGGAGGAUUGGGGAAGACUACUUUGACUAGGAAAGUCUUUCAUCUUCUAAAAGAAAAGAAUCUCUUUGGAUCACAUGUUUGGGUGCAUGUUUCUCAAAUUUUUGAUCCAAUGGCUCUUCUAAAGAAAAUCCUCAAAGAGUUGAAUCCCGAAAAAGUUGAAGCUGAGAUGAGUAAGCAAGAUAUUAUGAAAAGGAUGGGAGAAGAAUUGAAACAAAAAACAUAUCUUCUUAUUCUUGAUGAUGUUUGGAAUCAAGAUCGUCCCGCAUGGGAUGGUUUUAUCCAGUCCUUGUUGGGCGUUAGUUCUAUUAAGGGAAAUGUUAUUCUUGUUACCACUAGAAUUAAGGAGGUCGCUUCAACCGUGAGUCCACAUUGUCCACACAAGUUGAAAGAGUUAUCCGAAGAAGAUUGUUUGUCAAUUAUCAAAGAAAAAAGCUUUGGAAAAAAGGAUUUUCCGUUGGAAUUUGAGAAUAUUGGGAGGAAAAUUGCAAGAAGAUGUAAAGGUUUGCCGUUAGCUGCUAACGUAGUUGGUGGAGUAUUGCGCAAUAAAUCUAAAGGAAAAUGGAUCUCAAUCGAAGAGAAAUGGCUUGGACACAAUGAAGGAGCUCAUAUCACAAAUAUAUUGAGGUUGAGCUAUGAUGAAUUGUCCGUACCAUCACUCAAGAAGUGUUUUGCAUUCUGUUCUGUUUUUCCUAAAGGUCGCAGAUUUAAAAAGCAUGAAUUGAUUGAGUAUUGGAUGGGAGAAGGAUUUCUCGAAGCUGAUGAAAAUAAUGACUUGGAAUUUGUGGGAGAAAACUUUUUCAAUAUUCUUCUUGACAACUCUCUACUGCAAAAUGCAAGAAGAUAUUAUGGCGGGGUGGAAUAUGUGAUGCAUGAUCUUGUGCAUGAUCUUGCAUGUCAUGUUUUAGGUGGUUCUCAUAAUACAUCUGACAUCUCCCCAGUUCGAUACAUGUUCCUUGAAGACAAGUCAAAGGAUGUUUUGGAAAGAAAUGCAAAAUAUUUGCGAACAUUAUUGGUCAUGGAUAACAUUUGUGGUAACAUGUUCUCAAAGUUCAAAUGUCUUCAUGUUUUAACUUUUGGAAGUGAUGGAGUUAUUGAGUUUCCAAGUUCAAUCAGGAAGUUGAUACAUUUGAGAGUUCUUAAUAUUAAUGGAUCAAGAAUUGAGCGUCUUCCGGAUUGGAUUGGUGAACUCAUACACUUGCAAACAUUGAGAGCAGAAGUAGAUAACAUUCAACUUCCAAGUACUCUGAAGUACUUGAUUAAUUUAAGGCAUCUUUAUAUUGAAAAAUUGGUAGAUUUGCCUGCCGAGAUGGGGAGAUUAACUUGUCUCCGAACCCUAAAGUUUUUUAGGGUAGGCGACAAGAGUGGCUACAAAAUCGAAGAACUUGGAAGUUUGAACGAUCUCAAAGGAGAAUUGAAAAUAUCUGAUCUGGAAAAGGUUGGUAACAAGGAAGAGGCUGAGAAAGCAAAUCUACAUAAAAAAUCAAAGCUAGUGGAGUUGCACUUGGUGUGGGAUCCGUGUAGACAAGAUGAAACUAGAAAUGAUGAGAAUGUGUUGGAUGGCCUUCAACCUCACUCAAAUCUGAAGAAGUUGAAGAUUGAAGGAUUCACGGGAAAAAGAUUUCCAUCAUGGAAUCCAGAUAUGGCCGUUGAAAAUGUGGCUCGAGGCUCUUGGGUACAGCUUGACAAUUUGAUUGAGAUAAGUCUCUCACACUGCUUAGAAUGUGAAGAAAUCCCAAUGUUUGGGCAGUUGCCAAAUCUCAAGUCUCUCUGGUUAGAAGGAUUGAGGAAUGUGAAGUCCAUAAAUUCUUCUGCCCAUAAAUCCCAAAGUAUUGUUUUUCCAGCUCUUGAAAGCCUCAAAAUGUAUGACAUUCCUAGGCUGACAGAGUGGGUACACACAGAAUCAGUGGGUGUAAGUGGUGUCAAGCUAUUUCCUCACCUCCAAUACUUGGCUAUUGAACGUUGCAAGCAGUUGACGAAUUUUCCAGCUCUUUUCUGGUCGCCUCUCAAAGAGUUGACUGUUGAAUACAUUGAGAGCUACAGGCCUUUAGCAAACAUAUUUGAGACCAAGUUGAUGUUGCUAACGGAGCUUUGUGUAGAAGGAAUAAAUGAUCUGGAGUAUCUCCCAAAUUGGUUAUUCGUUAGCAAUCGCAAUCUAUCGAAAUUGAAGAUAGCGGAAUGCCCCAAAUUGAGGGGACUACCAGAAGGUCUAUGCACCAUCAGUUCUUUGGAGAAGUUGACUAUAAGAGAGUGUCCAAAUUUGAAACAUGUUGGCGUACACAAAUCACAAGGAAGCCUCACAUGUCUUAAAGAGUUGGUUAUUGAGGACUGCAAUGCUUUGCUAUAUCUGCCAUGUGAAAUGGUAGGAUCCUCGCUCGAGAUACUGGUGUUGAAGAGUUUAAGAAGCCUGCAGAAUCUAGCAAGAAUAGUUGACUGUCUGUCGAAAUUGGCCCGUCUAACAUGGGUGAGAAUUCUUGAUUUUCCUCAAUUUUUGGCUGAUAAUUACCGUGUUAUUAAUAGGCUGGAAUUAGAUUUUAGUGUGAUGGGAUCAAUGGAGAGUGUUGAUGGCAUAUUGCAAGGAUCCAGCAUCACAAUUAGGGAUUUAAAAUUGAAGGGGAGGGAAGGUUGGGAAAGUCUGCCGAAAUCAAUUCAAUCUCUCACUGCUCUGAAAAUAUUAACGUUGUCGAAUUUUGGAAUGGAAGAGUUACCUGAUUGGUUGGGAAACUUGUCAUCCCUAGAGGUGUUGAGAACAAGUGAUUGCAAGAAGUUAAGGCGUCUACCCAUGGAUGUGAUACAGAGCAUCGCUAAGUUAGAAUACUUUGAUAUUUCAGGGUGCCCAGGAGUAUGUUUUGACAUUUCCCAAUGGCCCUACAUUUCCCAUAUUGGCAACAUCAUCAUUGAUGGACAACGAGUGGUGACAGAAAAAGAUGAUGCAGUGCGCAGGGAGGAAUUGUGGAAAAAUUUCUUGAAACGAAAGCAACGCCAAAAUUCUAACACUGAAAUAGGAGAAGCUGAAGUUGAAGCUAAAGAUGGAGAAGCUGAAGUUGAAGAAGAAGCUGAAGCUAAAGAAGGUAAAAGGGGAAAGGAUUUGUGUUUGAGUUUGAGGUGCUUCCAGAGAGCAAGAAGGUGAAGGACUUAUUGUGCAUCAAACAUAUCUUCAAAUUUACACUGAUAAGAUUCAGCUGCACCAAGUAAUUUCAUAUUCUUUGAUUGAUAUAUUUUAUAUGAUUAUAUUGUAGAGAAUGUGGAUAUAUUCCAUUUGUUUGACACAUCACCUCCAAUUCUAGUCUUGCUUAUUCAUAUGAUUUCCUCUUCACAUUGUAAAUGGCAAAUUAAAAUUUCCCAACAGUUUUGGCUGAAGAAGGUUAAGCAGAGAUUUGUGUUAGAGCAGUGUCGAAUUUGCAUACGAAGAAAAUUUGA